UCUAGUUUGGAGUCUUUGGGACUUCAGACUUCACAGUGAAAUUGCGAAAUUCCUAUCAUCUCCCUCUCCAAAUUCUCCCUCCCUAUUCUCUGAAAAUUCUCCGCUUCAAUUUUCAGAAACCCUAAUCGCCAUGGUAGAAUCUAGUCGGUUCUCUGUCCAUCUCGCUCUAGGCGGUGGUGCAGUUGCCGACGUGUUGUUGUGGAGGAAAUGGUACCGGAGCGUCGCUUUUCUUGUGGGGUCAACUGCCCUUUGGUUCCUGUUCGAGAUAGCUGGAUACAAUUUACUGUCGUUUAUAUCGAACGUUUUAUUGUUGCUCGUAGCAAUCUUGUUUUUUUGGGGUAAAUCUGCAUCACUUCUUAACAGACCUCUCCCGCCCCUCCCUAGUCUCGUGGUUACUGAAGAGAGUGCUCUGAGGGCUGCUGAUGAGAUGCGAGUUUGGGUAAACUAUGUAUUGGCAAUUGCACACGACAUUGCAUUUGGUGGAAACUUGAGACUCUUUGCUGAGGUUGCUAUACUCUUGUUGGUUAUUUCCUACAUUGGCAGUCUUUUCAGCUUUUUUACGCUGGUCUACAUAGAUGUUCUUCUUAGUUUCUCACUGCCAGUGUUGUAUGACAAGUACCAAAAGCCAAUCGAUGACAAGCUGAGUGCUGUGUAUAAUAUAGCUCAGGUACAAUAUCGGAAAAUUGAUGAUAAGAUACUGCGAAAGCUUCCGUUGCCUUCAAAGAAGGAGAAGAAGAUCCAAUAGACUCACUGUGCCUUUUGCUGGUUUUUUGGCAUCUUGUUUGGCAUCUAACUUCUGUCGGAUGGAUCAGUUUUGAGGACCAUCAGAGUUGUAAGUCAUUUUGUGGCUUCUGGAAAUUGUUAACACUGCCUGUUUUCUCAUUCUUGUGGCUCGUUUUGUGGUAAUUUUGGCCGUUCUUAAGCCAUAUAGCUCUCUUCACAGUUCAUACACUCUUCUCCCACUGGAUGGGAGGAUAACAGUCCUAGGAAUUAGUUGUGAAGCUUUAGGAUUGUAAAGAUUGAUCUGUGCAAUUGCAAUGUGUAUCUAUGUUGAUGCUCUUCAUUGGGGUUGUUCUUGUUUGACUCCAAAAGUUAAUGACAAGGCCAAAAUAACUAG